AUGAGCUCCGGGUCCGUUCUCUUCCCCAAGACUGGGUCAGCUGCACCCGCUGCCUCCACCGCCCGCUCCGAGUCCGACUUGGACGAGGCCGAAUUGCGAUCGAGGGCACAAGAGGAUGCUAGCGUGAUCUAUGCUCGUCCCAGAGCCCACAAGACUCGAACACUGUCCGAGGUAAGCCUUCAUCAUGCCUAGAACGGUGUCGUCGGGCGCAGGAAGGCUGAUUGUAUCUCUCUCCUGUCUCGUCGACGUUGCCCAUUGUGGCUCGGACUUGAGGGCAACAGAGUGGCAAUGCCCCGCACACGGUCCUCCGACAACGCCAAACCUACCUUGCCAAUCAAACGCCCCCCUCUCGAGCGAGGCGUCUCUCGCACGGUCAGUGCUCCCAUCCCCGCAUCGUUACCCCCACACUUCCCCACAUGAAACGCAGAGCGAAGAGCUAACGGGUCGACAUCUGCUUUUCUCUCUCCUCAGACGAGACGUCGGCCAAACCCCGCAAGUUCUUGGUCGAUGUCGAGGAGACGAUGAAACUUGUCCUCGAACAAGAAGAUACGGAUGGCAACUUCCAGGUCAGUCGGCGGAAUCUGAUGCAUCUGACAAAGCGCCCGGAAUCUCUCACGAGGCUAAUCGAGGCGGAUUCUCGCCGACAACAGAUCGCCGCUACGGACAAGGGACCCAAAGUGUUUACACUCGGAACGGCCAGCUCGAACGGCUACAACUCUUGUGAAGCACGUGCCACACGAGAAGUCUGGCGAGGACAUACAUAGGCGUACCCAUCCAAGCUGACCUUAUGGAAUUCGUCAUCUUAUUAGAUCCGAGGCACCUACAUGUUGUCCAACCUCCUACAAGAACUCGCACUCGCACGUGACCACGGUCAAAAGACGAUCGUCUUGGACGAAGCGCGACUGAGCGAGAACCCGGUCUCGCGGUUGAGCCGCAUGAUCCGCUACUCCUUCUGGUCGAACCUCACGCGACGAAUUGACGGUGAUGGACUGGAGGCGAUUUGCGCUGACCCAAAGGUAAUCGCCUGCCUACGCACAAUCACGGGUGGUGGACAAUGACUGAGAUAAUUACAACCCAUCUCGUGCAGAACCGAGGUCGAAACCAGGCCCCACGAAUCUACGUCCCCGAGGUUGAAGUGCAGAUGCGCAAAUACUACGAGCGCAUCGCCAAGGAGAAGCCCCACCUCGGCUUGAUCGUCUCUACGAUCCCUCGCGAAUUUACCCCCGAGUGGGUACGAGACCGCAACGAGGAGCCCGGUAUUCUCGCGCUGGCCAUGACCGAGAUCAAGGGUGCCGAAGGUGAGGACUCGGACUUCAAGGGGAUCCCCUUCGUCGUUCCCGGUGCGAGGUUCAACGAGCUGUACUACUGGGACAGCUACUUCGUCUCUCUCGGUCUCAUCUCGGAUGGCCACAUCGAUCUCGCGCGCGGUAUCGUUGAGCACUUCUUGUUCGAGAUCAAGCAUUACGGCAAAGUCCUCAACGGCAACCGAAGUUACUACCUGUGCCGCUCGCAGCCGCCGUUCCUCACGGAUCUCAUCCUGCAGGUCUUUGCGAACCUCAAUCCUGAGGACGCGGAAGAGAACAAGGCUUGGCUAAAGCGGGCGAUCCAGGGUGCGAUCCGCGAGUACCACAUUGUGUGGAUGGAUGCGUCGCUCCGACUUGAUACCCUCACGGGUCUUUCGCGUUACCGCCCCGAAGGCGUUGGCAUCCCACCUGAGACCGAGGCGUCUCACUUCACCUACGUCUUGCAACCCUACGCCGACGAGCUCGGCAUCAGCGUCAACGAGUUCACGGAGAAGUACACCGCCGGCGAGGUCUCGGUCCCCGCUUUGGACGAGUACUUCCUCCACGAUCGAGGUGUACGAGAAAGCGGUCACGACACCACGUAUCGCUUCGAGAAGCGUUGCGGCAAUCUUGGUACGAUCGACUUGUGCAGUCUAUUGUACAAGUACGAGGUCGACAUCGCUACCAUCAUUCGAGACCAUUUCGGUGACUCGCUCGACCUGGAGGAAGACUACGCUCUCAGCGCCUUCCCCUUCGGUACCGAGGUCCCUUACAAAGGCCCUAGGGAACUCGUCGCCGAGGCAGGUCGACGAUCGACGCAGGUCAAGCAGACGAGUGCGGAAUGGUUCGCUCGUGCGGGCCGACGCAAGCAGCUGGCUGAUCACUACUUGUGGCACGAGGGAAGAGGUUUGUACACCGACUAUGAUUGCGCGAAGCAGAAGCAGUCGUUGUACGAUACCGUCACGACGUUCUGGCCCAUGUGGUGUGGGAUGGCGAGUGAGCAGCAAGCCGACAAGAUCAUGUGAGUGGAAGCAGCACCGAAAACAUACACCUCGAUAUAAUGCGGUAUUGACGUGAUGGGCCCCACAGCAAAUCGUCUCUGGUCAAGUUCGAGGCGCUUGGCGGAUUGUUAUCGGGAACGGAAAGCUCGCGCGGUCGAAUCUCUCUCACAAGGCCGAACCGCCAAUGGGAGUGAGUACUACAAACCUCGUUGUCUUUUCUGCUUUGCUGACAUGUUAUGACAUAUAUCUUUCUUCAUUCUUCAGUUACCCUGCAGCUUGGGUCAGUAGCGAGUAUUUGUUGCACGUCUAAACUGGAAAUUGACAGACUCUUCGGAUACUCUCCUCGUCCUUCCUCAUCCUUCAUUCAUCAUUCAUCCUGAUGCUUACAGCCUCCUCAGUGAGUAACACUUCCCUAUUCACGUGCAUGUCAAAGUUCGUCCUGACCAGAUAUUGCGUUGACUCUUUGCAGCCAAAUCAUGGCUUGUUUGUCCCCGAACCUUCGGCGUACCAGUAUGCCUGGCGCAGGUGCUGACCCGUUCUUCUUUCCACAGGGGGCGGUAUGCAAAAGUACGGCUACUUCCACGAUGCUCAACGUGUCGCGUACCGAUGGCUUUACAUGUGACUUCAUUUUCACUGUGUGGAUCCUCCCAAAGCUUCCACACUGAUCCGCUUAUGAUUUGGACAGGGUGACGAUUGGUUUUGUCGAGGCGGCCGGAUGCGUCCCCGAGAAAUUCAACGCGGUCGAAGCGAGCUCCAACAUAGAUGCUGAAUGUGAGUCGGCCGUGGCUCUUUUCUUCCUGAAAAGACAUCGCGCAUCUGACACAAGUAUCUUACAAUUGAUAGACGGCAACCAAGGCACGGACUUCGCAUUGAUCCCACGAGAGGGCUUUGGAUGGUGAGCGCAGAGACUCGACAGCUGUGGAACUCCAGGCCCAAGGGCGGAAGACCGCCCUGCAGUGGCUGACACUUUCCAACUCUGAACUCACCAGGACGAACGCGAGUUACCAACUCGGGUUGGACGUCAUUACCUCGCACCAACGCCGCGCUUUGGGGGCGCUCACCUCUCCCGACGUGUUCUUCUCUCGCUCGCAUGUAUCGGCUAAUGCGCCAAGCGGCGAUCGCUGA